AUGAGUCACGUUCCGAGCCUGGAAUCGUGGAGGGAAGCGCCGCCUCUCCUUGGGCCCCCUGUCUCCCCCUUUCCCCUUCCCGCUGGUUCCUGGCCACACCAGAUGCUGCGCAGCCAUCACCGAUUCCCCAUCACCAAUAUUCUCCCGGCGCCCCGCAAGGCCUCGGGCAAGAUGAACAUCCUGGCGCCUGUGCGGAGGGACCGCGUCCUGGCAGAGCUGCCCCAGUGCCUGAGGAAAGAGGCCGCUUUGCACGUGCGCAAAGACUUUCAUCCCCGCGUCACUUGCGCCUGCCAGGAGCACCGGACCGGCACCGUGGGCAGAUUUAAGAUCUCCAAAGUCAUUGUGGUGGGAGACCUGUCGGUGGGAAAGACUUGUCUCAUUAAUAGGUUCUGCAAAGACACCUUUGAUAAGAAUUACAAGGCCACCAUCGGAGUGGACUUUGAGAUGGAAAGAUUUGAGGUGCUGGGCAUCCCCUUCAGUCUCCAACUGUGGGACACUGCUGGACAGGAGAGGUUCAAAUGCAUUGCAUCAACCUACUACCGUGGAGCUCAAGCCAUCAUCAUAGUCUUCAACCUGAAUGACGUGGCAUCCCUGGAACACACCAAGCAGUGGCUUUCUGAUGCCCUCAAGGAGAAUGACCCUUCCAGUGUGCUUCUUUUCCUUGUGGGUUCCAAGAAGGACUUGAGUACUCCUGCUCAGUAUGCACUAAUGGAGAAAGAUGCACUGAAGGUGGCCCAGGAGAUUAAGGCUGAGUACUGGGCAGUCUCAUCUCUCACUGGAGAGAAUGUCCGGGAAUUCUUCUUCCGUGUGGCAGCACUGACCUUUGAGGCCAACGUGCUGGCUGAGCUGGAGAAAACAGGGGCCCGACGCAUUGGGGAUGUUGUCCGCAUCAACAGUGAUGACAGCAACCUCUACCUAACUGCCAGCAAGAAAAAGGCUACAUGUUGUCCCUGAGGAGACCAUCCAGAGACUGCCCAUCCCUGGGGCACUUUGCCACCUGAAAGCUCCAGCGCUCAACUCAUAAACAUUUGCACUGACUUGUUUUAGACCAAAGAGCUGCCCGUUGGUGGGAAUACCUCCAGAAGGGUACUGGGACCAUUCCUGCCCCUAGGCACCAUGCCAAAAACUGGAUGACCCUCUUACUCCUAUAGGGGUUCUCCAGGGUGCCCAGGAGUGAGAGGGAGGGGAAGGGCAGUAUUUCUGCUGCUUUUGCUCAGCCUGCCCAGGCCCUUUAUGUAUCAGAGUGCUAAUGAUUCAGCCAUAUUCUGUGCCUUAUGCAUUAAAAUCUUGUUUUAUUAGCAUU